CACACUUCUCUCCUCAGCGAUGGCUACGCAGACAGCAGAGCUCCAGCCCUACAUCUCUAAAUGUGUGUCUCACACCUCCCGGUGCUGAGCUCUGAGGCUCCCAGUGACCUCUUGGUAAUCAGCCUUGGCUGGGUCCAAAUCCCCACCCCUUGGAAAAGUCACGGAGCCUGACGUCUGUCUGCCUGUGAGCUGCUUUCAGCAAAGACCUCACAAGCAGCUACUCAAUCUCUCUUGGUAGCAAAUUGCCAAACCAGGCCCGUUUCCUCAAAAGAUGGUAGAGGACUUAGCAGCUUCCUAUGUUGCUCUGAAAUUGGAGAAUGAAAUUCUGCAGGCUCAAGUGAAAAGGCUCACGGAAGAAAAUGCAGCCCUCCAGGCCCAGAUACCAGAGCUCCAGAAAUCCGGAGCAGCCAAAGAGCAUGAACCACUCCAAAAGCCCUCAGAGGCCCAAGAGCCCCCAGAGUCCCCAGAGUCCCCAGAGUCCCCAGAACUUCCAGCAGCCAGGGCCUCACAAAACCCCUGGGAACCUCCAGCAACCACAGAGCCCAGGAAGCCCACAAAGAUCAGAGAGCCCAGGGACCUCUCAGCCAUUAGGGAGCUCAGGGGACACCCAGAGAUCAAGGAGCCCAGGGAACCUUCAACCAUUAGCGAGCCCAGGGGUCCCUCAGAGAUCAAGGAGCCCAGGGAACCUUCAGCUGUCAGAGACCUCAUGGGACUCCCAGAGACCAGUGAGUUUGGAGGAUCCUCAACCAUCACAGAGUUCAGGGGAUCCCCAGAGAUCAAGGAGCCCCAUUCAUCCCCAAAGUUCAAGGAAUACUGGGGACACCAGGAGCUUCCAAAGGCCAAGGAGUCCUGGGAGCCCCCAGAACCCCUGGAUUCCACAGCAGCCUGGGGACUCCAAGAGCCUUCAAAGGACAAGAAGGCUCACAAACCCCCAGAGCUCCAGGAGCUCACAGCCUGGAAGCCUCCAGCAAUCAAGAAACCCCAGGAGACCCAGAAUGCUCUGGAGUCCGCAGCAAACCAGAGGCCCCAGGCAUCCCCAAGGGGUUAUGAUCUCCCAGCAGCCUGUGAGGCGGAGCCCACAGACAACCAGGGUACCCCAGCCCUCAAGGAGCUCCAGAAUUCACAGCUCCACGACUCUACAAAUGAUGAGGAGUCUCAGACGGUUUCAGAAUACCGGGAGACCUCAUCACAGCUGGAGCCCCUUGAGCAUCCACCCACCCAGGAGACUCUGGAGCCUGGGGUGCCCCAGGAGUCUCCGGACCCCUCAGAUGCCAAGGAGUUCCUAGAACUCUCAGUAGCUGAAGAGUCCCUAGAAGGCCUUAUAGUUGUGAGAACAGGAACAGAACAGGCCCAGCGAGAAUUAGAGGCUGCAACUUUGCCCCUGGAGUACCCUUUGGCCUUCAGUGAGGAUUUUCAGAAACUCUCUGAAUUUUUCGUUCAGCUGAACGGUUACCUGAGAACCAGAGGGUAUCCCACUGAAGCAGCUCUAGUGAGCUUUGUUGGCAGCUUCUUCUCAGGUGAGGCAGGAAGGUUGUUCCAUCCCUUAUUAGAUAGCCAACCCCCCCUCCUGGAGCAAUUUGAAAGGCUACUGCGAGCGCUCCAAGAUACUCUUGACAAUCCUGAAAGUUUGGGAGUUGCUAACCAGGGCCUCCCUCAACUUUGCCAAGGGGAAGGCCUUGCCCCCAGAUACUCAACCCGCCUCCACCUCAUUGCUCAAGAGUUAAAUUCGGGUGAAAACACACUCUGCAUCCAAUUUCAAGAAGAUCUUGCCAGUUCUACUCAAAAUGAACUGUCGUGCACAAGUCCAUCCACCAACAUAUCUGAUGUGAUCAUUGAGUGUGUCACCCUCAAAGAGAAGGCAAGUGGCGGGGCAGAUUCCAGGUCAUCAUCCUCUGAAGAGGAAAAUGGGUCGGAAAGUCCACCCACUGAAAACCAACCUGUUCAAGUCACAAGUAAUCGUCCCCACCUCAGCGAGGCUGAACGGGCCAGACGCCGCGAAGGCCACUUGUGCCUCUACUGUGGCCAUCCUGGUCAUUUUGCCAGAGACUGUCCUGUCAAGCCUCAUCGUGCCCAGCAGGCGGGAAACAUGGAGGCCCGGCGGUAAGGGGGAUCCCG